AUGUUCUCCCACGUGAAGACUUCUGAUGGCUCAGGCCACCAAAAAGCCAAGAGUCGUGGCCUUGGCCACCUUUUAAGAUGUUGGAAUCAAAAGGAGCUGUAUAAACCCCUCACGUUCAAUACCAACAGCCCAGACUACGUGGAAAUAUUCAUUAGUUGUUUACCAAGAGCCUUCAAACAACAGGACACGGCGUGCAUAUAUUUAUUUUUGGCCAUCUACCAAAAAUUUUCUACCACCUGGGAGGUGCUGGACCUAAUAAUUAAAAUGUAUGGAUCUUUCCGACCUGACUGUGUGGAGGAUCAGGAAAAAAAGACUGCUAUAUUGUGGUUUCUGUCGUUGUGGCUCAGAAAACACCCCCAGGACUUCUGUGACUAUCCGGACAUGGCCACCGUGAAGAGGCUGGUGGACUACAUAAGGCUAAACGCGCCCUCCACAGAGGUUGUUAUGCAAACGGAGGAGCUCCUAUCAAUGCUGCGGGAGCAGGAGUUCAAAACGGGUGAGGAGGCCUGGGUAUUCUACUACAGCAAGAGGAAAGGAGACCACAGCACCCUAGGAGACAACAGGGCCCCAGAGCUCACUGGUCCCCCAAUCGUGUCAACCGGUGGGCACUGCAUUCAGUGA